AUGACCCCGCGAGCUGUUCGCCACUAUACUCCUCUACUUCAACGGUCCGUGGACAAGGUGUUUCGUGUCUUGGACAUAUUUGAUGAAAAGAAAGAGGCCUUCAAUGUCUACCACCUGACGGCCAAGCUGGCCUCCCAGGCCAUCUGCCAGCUGGUCCUUGGAGUUGAUCUCCAUCAUUUCGACGAGGUGGAUAGCCCUAUGCACCCUAUUAUUGUCCUCCUUCAGCGCUACCUUACGCUCAACCGGCGCGUGCAAACAAAAGGGGCUUGGUAUUCUUACCUGCGAGACCUUGCCGCCCUUCAAAGCACCCGAAGCGAGCUAUACGGUCUCAUCGAGGAAGCCGUCAUAGCCUGUCAGGAGAGGAACGGUGGGACAGCCGACGACCUUCCUAUUGAGACUGCUGCACUUCACGCAGCCUGUCUCGUGGACUACCUAGCGCGAGCAACAGACGAGUAUGGAAACAAACUCCAUCAUGAAUACAUUCUCAGCAGCACACUCGCCUUGGUGAGCGCGGGAUUUGUGACUAGCUCUGCAUUUCUGUCGUGGCUAAUCUACUCGCUGGUCACAUACCCCGAGCAGCAGGACCGGCUCUUACAAGAGGUGCUUGACCACGGCGCCACAUCCGAGAAACAAUGGACCUACGAUGAGAUCCAAGCAAUGCCGUUCCUCGACGCGUUCGUCAAGGAGACCCAGCGCAUGCAUAGCCCGUCCUUCCAGCCCGCGCGCAAUGUCAAACAGGACAUCAUUCUCCCGGGGGGUUGGAGCCUGCCUCGUGGUUCGAUCCUCAUCCCUAGUAUCCCUCAUUUGCACCGCCAUACAGCGCACUGGGAGAAUGCAGACCGCUUCGACGCCGACCGCUGGUCAACGGACCAAGUCAAGAAUCGCCACCGCAGUGUCUAUGUCCCCUUUGCGGCCGGCCCACGCGGCUGUAUUGGGUUCAAUGUGGCGUUGCAGGAGGUCAAGGUUGCGCUGGCUGAGCUCACGUAUCGGUAUUGCUUCGUAAACGCCACGGAGGAGGCCAUUGAGUACGAUCCAGACUUUAUUGUCAUUCGGCCAGUCAAUUUCUACGCUCGUGCAACUCGGCGGACGCAUUGGCCGUCGCGGUCUUGA